CUCCUGGGCGUGGCUUCAGGGUCUGCGUGGUCUUGGCGGCGGAGGUGGUGGAGGUACUGGGAGUCCUUAGACUUCGGCUGCCGAGAGGUUAGGCCUUGAGAACCCCUCCCAACCCCCAAGUCCUCUUACCCUUGCUUUCCUCCUCUUGAGGCCAUGCCACUGACCCGCAGCCUGUCCGUGACCUCCCUCUCUGGGUUGGAGGACUGGGAAGAUGAACUUGACCUUGAUAAUGCCAUUCUUUUUGAAGUGGCUUGGGAGGUAGCCAAUAAAGUUGGUGGGAUCUUCACUGUUAUCCAGACAAAAGCCAAGAUUACAUUGGAUGAAUGGGGCGAGAAUUACUUCCUGAUUGGACCUUACCUGGAAUUGAAUGUGCGCACACAGGUGGAGCUGAUAGAACCUCCCAACCCUGCCAUUCGCCGAACCAUUGACUCCAUGAAUUCAAAAGGAUGUAAAGUUUACUUUGGCCGCUGGCUGAUUGAGGGGGGUCCAUAUGUAAUCCUCAUCGAUAUUGGGGCAACCGCUUGGAGCUUGGAUCGCUGGAAAACUGAAUUGUGGGAAAGCUGCUCCAUUGGGAUUCCCUGGUAUGACCGAGAGGCCAAUGAUGCCGUCCUCUUUGGUUUCCUCACAGCCUGGUUCCUAGGGGAGUUUUCUGCACAAUGUGAAGAAAAGCCAUUCAUCAUUGGUCAUUUCCAUGAGUGGCUGUCUGGUGUUGGCCUCUUCCUCUGUCGGAUCCGGAAACUUCCAAUAGCUACCAUCUUCACCACCCAUGCUACCCUGCUUGGUCGCUACCUGUGUGCAGGCAGUGUGGACUUCUACAACAAUCUGCAGACUUUUAAUGUGGAUAAGGAGGCUGGAGACCGCCAAAUUUACCAUCGUUAUUGUAUGGAGAGAGCUGCUGUCCACUGCACACAUGUUUUUAGCACAGUUUCUCAAAUCACAGCAGUAGAAGCUGAACAUCUGUUGAAACGGAAACCUGAUAUUGUGACUCCCAAUGGUUUGAACGUCAAGAAGUUCUCUGCUAUGCACGAAUUCCAAAACCUCCAUGCCCAGAGCAAAGCUCGUAUCCAGGAGUUUGUCCGAGGCCAUUUCUAUGGGCACCUGGACUUCAACCUUGACAAAACUAUUUUCUUCUUCAUUGCUGGACGCUAUGAAUACUCCAACAAAGGAGCUGACAUUUUCUUGGAAGCCCUAGCCAGGCUCAACUACCUACUAAGGGUGAAUGGAAGCCAGAUUACAGUGGUAGCAUUUUUUAUCAUGCCAGCUAGGACAAAUAAUUUCAACGUGGAGACACUAAAAGGCCAAGCUGUCCGCAAGCAGCUCUGGGACACAGCCAAUGCAGUGAAGGAGAAGUUUGGCAAAAAGCUGUACGAAUCCCUCCUCGUGGGCAACCUUCCUGACAUGAACAAAAUGUUGGACAAAGAAGAUUUCACAAUGAUGAAGAGAGCCAUCUUUGCCACUCAGCGGCAUUCUUUCCCCCCAAUCUGCACUCACAACAUGCUGGACGAUUCUACUGACCCUAUUCUCAACACCAUCAGGCGCAUUGGUCUCUUCAAUAGCAGUGCCGACCGCGUCAAGGUCAUCUUCCAUCCAGAAUUUCUGUCUUCCACAAGCCCAUUGCUUCCUGUUGAUUAUGAAGAAUUUGUUAGAGGCUGCCAUUUGGGGGUGUUCCCUUCCUAUUAUGAACCAUGGGGCUACACACCAGCUGAAUGUACCGUGAUGGGGAUACCCAGCAUUUCCACCAACCUCUCUGGCUUUGGCUGCUUCAUGGAGGAACACAUAGCAGAUCCAUCUGCCUAUGGGAUCUACAUCUUAGAUAGGCGUUUCCGGGGCUUGGACGAAUCGUGCACGCAGUUGACUUCUUUCCUCUACAGCUUCUGCCAGCAGUCGCGGCGGCAGCGCAUUAUCCAGAGAAACCGUACAGAGAGGCUUUCCGAUCUCCUGGAUUGGAAAUAUCUAGGAAGGUAUUACAUGUAUGCCCGGCACAUGGCUCUCGCAAAGGCCUUCCCUGAUAACUUCACCUAUGAGCCACACGAAACAACUGCGGCUCAGGGCUUCCGCUACCCACGCCCAGCCUCCGUCCCACCCUCUCCUUCCAUCUCCCGCCACUCCAGCCCCCAUCACAGCGAGACUGAAGAGGAUGAUGAACGGUACGACGAGGAAGAAGAGGCAGAAAAGGACAGGCAGAACAUCAAAUCCCCAGCCAUGAUGGGUACAGUCCCCGAGUGGCGAAAGCACUCCAAGAAGGGGUCUAGUGAGGCCAGCACUUCCUCUAAUGCUAGUACCCCCACCCUCCCCAGCAGCCCUAGUGACCUCAGCAGCCCCACCAAUUCUCUGAUCGAAGAAAAAAAUUAGGUAGGUAGGAUGGUUGUGCUGACUCGCCUGCCUGCUCUUUUCCCACGCCUCCCCCUAUCCUUCAAGAGCUUGUUAACUCGUGCUGCAUUCUGAAAUAAGCCUAGAGUGUAAGUUCUAGGGUGUUCCAGACAGAAGCUUUGGGGGCUCACGCUUGACAUAGUUCGGUUAAAGGACAGCAAGACAGUCUUCUCUGGAUCACAGAAUGCCAAGGGUGGAGGAUCUCUUCCUCUGGAAGGAGUCAGGAAGUGACCCAUUGGCUCUUUUUGCAGAACACAAGAUAACAUCCUUGUGUUGAGCAAGAGUAAGAACGUAAGGUCAUGCAUUUCCUCCUCCCAAACACCCUCCAUAUGUUGCUGAUGUUUUGGAAGGCCUUCUCAAGGCCUUGCUGAAUUUUUUUUAAAAAAAUAGUAAUAAUGGGAGAAAAGGGAAAAUGGGAGGCCUUCAUGGGAAGGACACAGGAAAGGUAUUGUAUUACCUCCCCUGCCCUGCCAACAAAGGUUUCAUUGAACCACAAACAGAGCAGGCCUUUUAAAGGCUGCUCAUAAAAUGAGUGCAUCUAAUAAUAAUAUUUUGUUGGGUAACCCUAGACGGUUGGCAUGGAGGCCCGGUGAAGAUGUAUGCUCAGCAGGAUUUCAGAAUGAUCUGGAGGACUAUGAAAGACAGAUUGUUGCUCAGAGUUGGAAACUUCUUUAAAAGCCAUGACUCUGCUCUUUUUUAGGCAGAGAGAAAAAGAAAAAGAGGACGUUUCAUAAUAUGUCCAGACAAUCUUAAUUCAUACUUUGGGAUUGUUUGCCAGUUAGCUGCUCUGUCUCUUUCUGUAAAGGAAUUUGCGAAGCCAUUUAGAGCAACGAUUCUAACAAAAGGUUUUCUGAAAAGGGCAGCUAGAGAAAGAAUUGAAAAAGUCCCCAUGGGAGAGGAUAUAAAUCCAGCUGGGAGAAAGAAGUAGUUUUCCUGCUUUAUGAUGUCCACCCUCCUGUUCUCCAGAUGUGUUGGGGUUCAACUCCCAUCAUCCUCAACCCACAUGGGCAGGGAUCAGGGGAGGAUAUUCUAAAGCAGGGAUCCCCAAACUUGGCAACUUUGAACUUGUGGACUUCCAACUCCCAGAAUUCCUCAUCCAGCCAUGCAUUUAUAUGACCUUCCAAGAUACAAGAGGGCUUAGGAGCACCUUGACACAUGAAUUGCACUCCUACUUCCUCUGCCACAUAAAUUACAACUAGCAACGCUAAUUCCUUUUCAACAGAUUCUUUAAAAAUAGUGGGUUUUAGGGCUGCUUGUGGAAGUUUUUUUUAAAAAGGAAAGUCUUCAUCCCCAUGGGCACUCAAGAGCACCCUAGAACAAUUCCCAGGGUAGUGAUAUUCAUUCUGCAUAGACCAUAAUGAAUUUCAGAAGACCGUAGGGUCAAGGCCAGCAGAAUGGACUGCAUGCUUAAAACCUCUGAAACAGGCUAGAGGAGAGUCUUCCAAAAUAAUGCAUUUUGCUUAAGGAUAGUAAUAAAUAGAGCUACCUUUCCAAGCUGGAUGCCACAGAUGUACGAGUCAACUUCAUCCUAGCUAGGUUUCAUGGGAAUUGGAGUCUAGCAUAUACUGAGGAUAAGCUAGCCCAAGGGUCUUCAAACUUGGAAAGUUUAAGACUUGUGAACUCCCAGAAUUCCUGAGCUAACAUGACUGGAGGAGGAAUUCUGGGAGUUGAAGUCCACAAGUCUUAAAGCUGUCAAGUUUGAAGACCACUGAGCUAGCCUAAAACCCAUCAUUCUCCGGCAUCCAUCUUAAUGAAAGAGAGAAAGAGUUCUAGAGUCCAUUCACGUUGCCCAUCAUGUUAAACUCCCUUGCGGUUUCUGUUAGAAUGCUUGGCUAUCAACACUCUUAGACUGAUUUGUUAGUUGCCUCUGAGAAUCAGACAGAGCUGUUGAAGUGUCCCCAUCCUAUACUGUAAUGUUUGUGAUGAGGGUUUUGCUGACGACGCAGUACAGAACAGUGUGACCCUGCAUCAGGGAUGAUGUAGCUAUGACCAAAGCAGGUAUUAUAGUGCAGACAGGCAACAAAGAAAUGUUCCUGGAGGCUGGGAGGCUUAAUUAGCUGUUAUGUGGAUAAUACCCACCCUAGCAUGAGAGGCAACUACCUCAAAAGGCAGAACAGAUGCCAACACCCUCAAGAACCCUUUCUAUUCUGCUUCUCCUGCCAAUUUUAUUUUUCAAUACGGAAAACCAUUUAAAAAAUAGUAAUCUUGUGAAUUUCCUUUCUCACAAUUCUGUGAUGCAAUCAUGCAUGAAGAACCUGGUAUUUUUGGAUGCAGCCCUGCAAAUUCCUGGCCUGCUUGGCUCUAAACUUGGGGAGACAGUUUUAACAGAGCAGGACAUCGGUUUGGGCCUUAAACCCCUUUUCUCUUUUCUCCAACUUUCCCCAUCUAGAUUUUUAUUUAUAGAUGUCAAAAAAAAAAAAAAAA